AUGUCUUCGCUCACAAUUGCGUCUCUUGGAGCUUCUAUUUGUGGGAAGAUAGUCGGUCGUGAUACUGCACUUCUGUCUAAUUAUGAUUUUAUUGUUGUGGGUGGUGGGACAAGUGGUCUUGUCGUAGGAAAUAGAUUAUCAGAGAAUCCAGGUGAUCAGGGAAAAGACUUCACAUACAUUCCACUUUUCGCAGGAAUUGGGAAUGGUGCGAUAGGGACACAGUAUGAUUGGAAUCUAACCUAUGCUCCCCAGCCAGCUACAAAUAAUAGAUGCAUUGCCAUACCACUAGGUAAAGUUGUAGGCGGUGGUUCUUGCUUGAAUAAGAUGACUUUCGAUCUUGCUGGAAAAGAAGACUAUGAUCGUUGGAUAGAAGUAGGAGCAGUUGGUUGGAAUGAACUCUUUCCAUAUUUCAAGAAAAAUGGGAUAUUUAAACGGAUCAUUCAACACACGGAUAUAAAGCCAAUGUCCAUUCAAGUUAUCCAACAUUCAAUUGACCAUCAUCUAAUUGAGUAA